AUGCAUGCUAAAGAUUGGUUUUUGGUUCUUAUUGGAUUCUUUAUUCCUCCAAUUCCUGUUUUCAUCAAGAGAGGGUUUUUCUCAGCUGAUUUCUUGAUCAAUAUUCUUCUUUGUCUCUUAGGUGUCAUCCCAGGUAUGUUACAUUCUUUUUACAUUAUCCUGUUGUACCCCUACAGAGAAACAUACUCUGCCUUGGGAGGUGAUGGCCAUAAUAACAGGGUGGAUGAUUACGGUUCCACUCAUUGA